UCCCCCAAGCUCUUCCUGUCUUGUCGUUGCAACACCCAACUGCCUUACUCCCUUCCCCUCCCACCUCUUCUUUAAUUUUCUUCGCCGGGCUCAGGCCCCGGUUCUGGCCUUCGGGGUUUGAGACCCCAUGGGACCAGGGUGUGGUCUCUAUCUGAGUCUCAACCCUUAAGUCCCCUGCCCAAGGCCUAGGUUCCUCUUGGGACCUCCUGACCCACUCGUCCCGGACUCUGUCGCUGCUACUCCACCUGCUGCCUCUGCCUGAGCCCUGAUGGGGGAGUGAGAGGCCUCAGCUGGCCGGACAUGGGCCACCCCACCGUGCCUGGCCUGCUGCUGCCACUGGUGCUCCUGAUUCUGGUGGCGGAAAUAAACUCCUCAUGGGUUAGUGCACUGGUCCCUCACUCCAGGGACCGGGAGAAGAGAGAAAGCCAGUGUCCCCAGGGAAAAUACCCCCACCCUCAUAAUAAUUCCAUUUGCUGUACGAAGUGCCAUAAAGGGACCUACCGGUACAAUGACUGUCCAGGCCCAGGGCUGGACACGGACUGCAGGGAGUGUGAAAGCGGCACCUAUACUGCUUCGGAGAACUACCUCAGGCAAUGCCUCAGCUGUUCAAUAUGCCGAACAGAAAUGGACCAGGUGGAGAUUUCUUCUUGCGCGGUGGACCGGGAUACUGUGUGUGGUUGCAAGAAGGAACAGUACCGGAAACGCUCGAGUGCCACUCUUUUCCAGUGCAUAAACUGCAGCACCUGCCUCAAUGGCACGGUGCGAGUCUCCUGUAGUGAAAACCACGACACCAUAUGCUCCUGCAACGCAGGGUUCUUUGUAAAAGGCAACGAGUGCGUGUCCUGUGCUUACUGCAAGGAAGGCACGGAGUGCACGAACUCGUGCCCCAUGACUGGUGGACUCAUUCAGGCGCCUCCGGACCCAGCCACCACAGUGCUGUUGUCCCUGGUGAUCGUCUUUGGUGUCUGCCUUUUAUUCCUCUUCUUCAUGGCUUUAAUAUGCCGAUCCCCACGCUGGAAGACCAAGCUCCACUCCAUUUGUGAGUGGGGUCUUUGGGAGGCCAAAGGGUGCUGUGGGACGUGGGAGGAGGGAAAGGAGCAUCCCCUUAGUUCGCUGGAACACCAAGCCGGGGCCCCAGACUUCAGCCCCAGGACAGACUCCAGUGGCAAGCCCAUCUCCCCACAAUGUCUCCCCUCCCCUCUGGGCAUGUCCAGAGCUCCAUCACCGCCGGGAGAGACGGGCCCAGGCUACCAGGAAACUGGCCCUCUUCUCACAGCACUUCCAGCCAAUUCCAUCCCCAUCUACACCCCGCGCCCAGAUGCAGACCCAGUGAUGCUGUAUGCUGUGCUGAACUGCGUGCCCCCAUCGCGCUGGAAGGAGUUCGUGCGGCGGCUGGGGCUGAGUGAGCACGAGAUCGAGCGGCUGGAGCUGCAGAAUGGACACUGCCUGCGCGAGGCGCACUACAGCAUGCUGGCGGCCUGGCGCCAGCGCAUGCCCAGGCGGGAGGACUCGCUGGCCCUGUUGGGCCGAGUGCUCUGCGACAUGGAGCUGACCGGUUGCCUGGAGGAAAUAGAGGAGGCUCUGCGUGGCCGCGCCUCUCACUGGAGCCCCACUUUCUCAGAUGAGGCCAUGCCCCCUGGGAGGGGCCUGCCUUGACAACCGCUGUUUCCUGCCCCAGGGUCCCUGAAGGACCUUGCAAAAUGCCCCCUGGACCUCUUUUUAUUCUGGAAAGGAGGGUCUUGGAGGGGCUGGCAUGAGCUGGCAGCCACUUACUUGGUGCUACUCCCUCAGUGUGCAUAGCUUUCUCAGCUGUCUGAACACUGCUGGAUGGUCAGCUGUGCGUGUGCGUGUGUGUGCAUGAGAGAGAUGAGAGACGAGAGAGAGAGAGAGAGAGAGGCGGGAGGAGAAGGGAUGUAGAUAUGUACAGAUGUGGUGUGUGUGGUAGUGAGAGAGGCUGAGUGUGCCAGGAGCCCAAGCUGGCGGUUGUAGGGAUGAGAAGUGCCAUGGUUCAUUGCCUGUUUUAGGCCUGGAGGACCCAGCAAGGAGCUUUAGGGGCCCCUGAGCCUUUUUAACAAUAGAUAAGCAAUCUUUGUAUCACUUACGUUAUACUAAUAGAAACUUGGCUCUCCUUUCUUCCCUGCCUGGGCAAGCACAGUAAGCUGAACAGUCCCAAACAGGGACAAGCACAAAACACUGGGGCCUCCAGCUGGAGCUGUGGACUUUUGUAAAUACACUAAAACUGGAGGAUUAAAGCUGUGCUCCUGGAA